AUGGGUAGUUGUAAUUGCAUUCCUAAAAAGCUAGGGGAAGAAGAAAUAUAGACACAAAGAGGAGGAAGUGAACACUAAAUAUUGGAUAAAGUGAAACAAUAGGAUGCACAAACUUUUACUCAUGAGGACAAUAAACCAGCCAAUGAUGAAUCUUAAUAACUUGUUCAGAGUACGAAAGGGAUUCGGCAAAAACUUCCCAGAAUAAGCAUGAUUAAUGGAGGUUAUUAUGAAGGGGAGUGGUACAAUUGUAUGAGGGAUGGCUUUGGAUUGCAUUUUUGGGCUGAUGGAGGUUUUUAUGAAGGGGAAUGGAAGGCUGAUAAAGCUGAGGGUAAAGGGAAAUUAGUCCAUGGAGAUGGCGAUAUUUAUGAAGGAUAAUGGGCAAAUGAUAUGGCAAAUGGGGUAGGUACAUAUGUGCAUGCUGGUGGUGCUAAAUACGAUGGAGAGUGGUUGAAUGAUUAGUAGCAUGGAAAAGGAGUUGAAGUUUGGCCUGAUGGCUCUAAAUAUGAAGGAAUGUAUACAUUUGGAAAAAAAAAUGGAAAGGGAAAACUUUAAUUUGCAGAUAAUAGCAUUUAUGAAGGAGAUUUUUUGGACAAUGAAAUAAGUGGUUCAGGUAAAUAUACCUGGAAUGAUGGGAAAUCUUACACAGGAAAUUGGUUAAACAAUAAAAUGAAUGGAUAUGGUGAAACAGUAUGGCCAGAUGGGAAAAGCUACAAAGGAUACUAUUUAGACGAUAAAAAACAUGGCCAAGGAGUUUUUUCAUGGAAUAACGGUAAAAGAUAUGAAGGAGAAUGGGCUUUGGGAAAGUAAAAUGGCAAAGGAGUAAUCAUCACUGAAACUGGAGAAAGAAAAGCUGGAAUCUGGGAAAAUGGGAGAAGAGUUAAAAUAGAAGGAGAAAAUGAUUAAACAGCUGAAGGAGAAACCUGA